GAACAAAGCAAUCCAAUUUUUGUUUAUUUUAUAUGAAAAACAAAUAGACAAGAAAGAAAGAAAGAAUUUUUUUGAAGCGGUGUCAUCGUCGUCUGUGGCGUGGGAGCAGACGGCGUCGUAUCUUGCUUGAUCCUCUCAACAAAUUCAUCAUCUCAUUCCCACGCCCGCCGAACACCGUUCUUCGAUUUCCAAACUUUCCAAAUUUGAUCUUUCUCUUCUUUUUCAUCCAUGGAGGUUCAUAGUUCUUGGGAUUCCCUUCGCAAACAGGCAAGAAAAAUCGAAGCUCAGUUGGAUGAGCAAAUGGUUUUAUAUCGUAAGUUGGUAUCUACAAAAGCUGAAGCAACCGAGGGUGAUGUGGAGUCUUGGAUUGAGCGAUUACUUAACCAACUCAAACAAGUAAACUCACAGAUGCAAGCUUGGGUGUCCUCUGGUGGGUCAGAAAUGGUAUCUCAUACUCUUACUAGACACCAAGAAAUUUAUCAAGAUCUUAGUCAGGAGUUUUAUCGUCUGCGGUCUAGUCUUAGAGCUAAGCAAGAACAUGCUUCACUACUUGAUGAUUUUAAAGAGUUUGAUCGAACAAGAUUAGAUUUGGAAGAGGGUGGAGGUUCUGAACAGCAAACCCUCCUUAAAGAGCGUGCAUCUAUCAGCCGAAGUACAGGACAGAUGGACUCUGUUAUUUCACAAGCACAAGCAACGCUCGGUGCUCUAGUCUUCCAGCGUUCGACGUUUGGUGGGAUCAAUUCAAAGCUCAGCAACGUGAGCAGUCGCCUCCCAACGGUAAAUACUAUUCUGUCAGCAAUAAAGCGGAAAAAGUCAAUGGAUACCAUUAUACUUUCCCUAGUUGGAUCUGUAUGCAUUUUUCUUAUUUUCAUCUACUGGCUAACCAAGUAAAGAUGAUGUUUAUUGCUUCGGUAGCUUGAGUUUAAUCUAUAGUGUACUUCUUGUCUAUUACGGGUUGGGUAAUGUAUUGUUUGAUUGCUGGUGGCCUUUCAUAUGAAGCAAAGCCUUAGUAAAGAUGAACAUGUAAACUCUCAUUUUUCGACAUCAAUGUAUAAAAUUAUACGCGUCCCAGUUCA